AUGAGCAGGUGUGAAAACCUGUGCAAUUGCACGGCAAAAGAGUCCGAGAAUGCGGGUAAAGAGCGGGUAUUCAAAGAACGCACAAAUGCGUUCAACGAUCGUCAGCGACGUGGUGCGAUGCGUCGUAAAAUUCAUGAGGUUACCGGCCACAAGUUCAUGGCGUUAUUCCUACGACAACCUACCUUCUGUGCACACUGCAAGGACUUCAUUUGGGGUCUUGGCAAACAAGGCUAUCAAUGUCAGAGUAGGUUUUUGCACCGCAUCUCUCAUUUGAUUGCAAUUCCCGUCGUCGCCAUAUGA